GAGAAUUGAGAGAACCCGAGAAAUGAAGAAAACACAAAAUUUCCAAAAUGGAUAUUUUUGUGGCGGAAAAAUAACUAACAAAACUGGCUCUCUCUCUCUCUCUCAGCUCACGAAGCUUAUCUUACCGAGAGAGCUCCUCUUCCAUGGCGACCUUAAGCUUCAACCCCACUAGAAUAAGAACCCUAGUGGGUCUUCACUUUACCAAAUCCAAACCUAUUUCUUCCCCAUUUUCUCAAUCAAUCAAAACCGCAAACAGAUUCUCAGCCAAUGGUCGUAUCAGUCAGCAACCACUACGUCGUUUUCAAUCAAAUUCUGUAUCAGAAAGCUCGGUCUCAGUGCCGGAAGAGGUGGAAUUGAACGAGGACGAGGAUGACCCGACCUUGGAGAUGGCCUAUUUGGAUUCGGAAACCGAUCCGGAGAGUAUUACGGAGUGGGAGUUGGAUUUCUGCUCCAGACCUAUUUUGGAUAUCAGAGGGAAGAAGGUGUGGGAGCUUGUAGUCUGUGAUAACUCGCUCUCUCUUCAGUACACGAAGUAUUUUCCUAACAAUGUUAUUAAUAGCAUUACUUUGAGAGACGCCAUUUCCUCGAUUGCUGAAGAGUUAGGAGUACCAUUACCAGAGAAAAUCCGCUUCUUUAGGUCACAGAUGCAGACAAUCAUUACAAAAGCAUGUACCGAGCUUGGCAUAAAGCCCAUUCCUAGUAAAAGGUGUCUUUCCCUGCUUUUGUGGCUGGAAGAGCGAUACGAGACCGUUUAUACGCGUCAUCCCGGUUUUCAGAAAGGAUCUAAGCCCCUUCUUGCAUUAGAUAAUCCAUUUCCAAUGGAACUUCCAGAGAAUCUUUUUGGGGAGAGGUGGGCAUUUGUUCAAUUGCCUUUUUCAGCCGUUCAAGAGGAGAUCUCAAACUUAAAGGAAACUUUCAUGUUUGGUUCAAGUCUUGAUCUGGAUUUACUUGGGAUCGAUAUUGAUGAUAAGACAAUGAUCCCUGGGUUGUCUGUUGCAACUUCACGAGCUCAACCAUUGGCAGCUUGGAUGAAUGGAAUGGAAGUAUAUUCAGUCGAAGCUGAUACAUCUCGUGCUUGUUUGAUUCUAUCUGUUGGGAUCGCAACUCGAUAUGUCUAUGCUACUUAUAAAAAAACUCCAGUGACAACUGCAGAGGCCGAAGCUUGGGAAGCAGCUAAGAAGGCUUGUGGAGGCUUGCAUUUUCUUGCCAUACAGGACGACUUGGAUUCAGAGGACUGUGUUGGAUUCUGGCUUCUACUAGACUUGCCACCGCCGCCAGUAUAACUGAUGAAAUCGUUUUUUUUUUUCUAAACAAUGUAGGUAGUCGUAUAAAGCAUGUUAAAUCUUGAAACUUUAGUAUUUGUUGAUUGUACAAACAAUCAAAUUAUAGGAUGUGGUGCCCUUUUGGGAGAAGGUGUUGGAGCCAUUAUGCAUAAUUAAGCACUGAACUUCAACAAAGCUUGGGGAAUGAACUCGAAAAUGGAAUGCAUUUUAGAUACUGCAAA